CUCAGUCAUCAGUUGAUUUCCACACACUGAUGUUGUGCAUUAAUAAUCUGCAGAUGUGUAAAGAUCUUCCUAACACUAAGAGCUGUUUAGGGUGAUGUACAUUUACUGUUGAUGAGUGUAGAAGUGAUGAUUAAUGCUGGAUUCUAGAUAGAUUUGAUGCUGAUGUGGCUCAGAAUGGCUCCUGCUCUUCAUCUGAUCUUUCUGCUCAUCAUUCACAGGGUUUCUAGUGAUUAUUGGGAUGUGAAUUACAGUCCUACACAAUUCUGUGCACUACAGAACUCAACAGUGACAAUCAGCUGCAAUUUUACAUACCCGUCUACUGGAUAUCAGAUCAUGAAAGCCUUCUGGAACAUAGACCUAGUAUAUUAUGACGGAGAGUUUGCAGAUCUGUCUAAUAACUCUGAAUACAGUCAGAGGCUUCAGUAUCUGGGAGAUGAACAGCAGAACUGCACCGUCAGACUGAGUCAUGUGACAAAGAAAGAUGAACAUGACUAUUAUUUUAGAUUCAUUACUAAUGUAACUUAUGGGAAACUUAUUGGUAUUCCAGGAGUGCGUCUCUCUGUCACAGAUCUUCAGCUUGAGUCUCCUGAGAGAGUGACAGAGGGAGAUUCAGUCCGUCUGACAUGUAAAAGCAGCUGUAAACUGACUGACACACCAACAUUCAUCUGGUACAGCAACUCACACACAUUGACUAAUAUUGGAGAUAAACUCAACAUCAGGUCAGUCAGUAGAAGAGAAGCAGGACACUACAGCUGUGGUGUGCAGGGACAAACGUACAUCUCUCCUGCUGUUUAUCUCGAUGUCAGAUACCCACCCAGGAACAUCUCAGUGUCCAUCAGUGGAUCUGCUGUAAUAAUGUCUGGAGAUUCAGUGACUCUGAGCUGCAGCAGUGACUCAAACCCUCCUGCAGAAAUCAGCUGGUUUAAAGGAGAAACAUCUGUAGGAUCUGGAAGAAUCUUCAACAUCUCCAAGAUCAGCUCUGAUGACAGUGGAGAAUACAAGUGUAGAGCCAGAAAUGACCAUGGAGAGAAAUACUCUGAUCCUGUGACUUUAGAUGUCCAGUACCCACCCAGGAGCGUUUCAGUGUCCAUCAGUGGAUCUGCUGUAAUAAUGUCUGGAGAUUCAGUGACUCUGAUCUGCAGCAGCGACUCAAACCCUCCUGCAGAAAUCAGCUGGUUUAAAGGAGAAACAUCUGUAGGAUCUGGAAGAAUCUUCAGCAUCUCCAAGAUCAGCUCUGAUGACAGUGGAGAAUACAAGUGUAGAUCCAGAAAUGACCAUGGAGAGAAAUACUCUGAUCCUGUGACUUUAGAUGUCCAGUGUGCCAGAUUUGUCUCCUGCUCUCCUGCAUUUGGUGUUGGUUUUGCUGUUGGUGUUUUUGUCGGUGGAGCGUCAGCAACAAUCAGUGCUGUUCUUUACUUCUGUCUUUCUAAAAGGAAGAGCAGAAGAUCUGCAGUGAAAGAGUCUGUGAUCUCAGACACAUAUGCAGGUCUGGAUCUCCAGUCUGCGACCUCUGACCUGUACGACACACUCACAAGCGUUCACCACAGACCUGCUGAAAACUCCUGCUCCACUCUUGAUCCUCAGAGCUCUUCUGAACAUCACAAUCCACCAAUCAACAGGAAGAGGCUGCAGUGAGAGGCGGAGCCAGAAA